CCACUUGGCCGUGUAUCAAGUUUGAGUGACUGAGCUGUAACAAAAGAGGUUGCGGAGUCCCACCACAAUGUCCACCCUGAGAAGGUGCACCCCCAUUCAUCUCAUUCUAACUGCUUCAGUCGGAUCUUUCAUUUUAAUUUAAGAUUUAAGCAUUCUCCUCCCCCAGUCCACUUCUCCCCUCCCUGCUCAACUGCAUUCCGCAAUAUUUCAACCUUUUUUUUCCCCCAUUUAAGAAUCGAUCUUUACCAUCCUGCAAGAUGUCUCCCUGUUAGCCUCUGUGCAAAAACCAAUGCCGUUUCAUUUUGAUGGGGAGGGUGGUCAAGAGACAAUAUUGGAAGUAGCUGGAACACAUUCAUACGCUUUCUGUAGUGCACCAUCGGCAACGUGUUUGAGAGUCUCUCUCUCUCUCUGUCUCUAUUUAAAAUAAAACAGGACAAAACGCUCACGCAUCGUUGAUGUGCAAAUCGACGACAGAAUUGCUGCUGAUCUGAUGGCCAUCCCUCGCCUGCAUUUAGGCAGGAGCCGCGCUGGAGGGAGCAGCGCUGAUCUCCCUCUCCCUCUCUCCCUAUGUGAUAUUAUUGCCAGUCUAUAAAACGCUGUUCUCUUGUCUUGCGCCGCCCCAGUGGUGUCCAGGCGAGGGGGCGAUGAAUGGUCAGUGCUAUGCCUUCACUCAGCCGGAGCGAUGGAGGAACUAAACGAGUGUGAACACUUCCCCGAGAGAAAGGGAGAAGAACCGACUGGUGCGGUUGCUUCCACGUCCCGCUGACUGAUCAGAAGAGACAACACUGCCGAACUUUCCAUUCUCCUGACCCGUGGACGAGGAAUAUUGAGAGGGGAGUAAAUGGGAGCUCUUUCAGGACCGUCAUAACCGCUGCACAAUGCCUUGCAGGCUGUGUACGUCCAGAAGGUUUCAUUUUAACUGAGAAAUACAUAUGUUAUAUUCCAUAUCCUUAGUGAGCUAUAGGAUUAAAAUGGAGAAGCCACCAACCAGCUUCAGAGAAAUUUUCCUUAAAGCUGGAUUUAGCUGAAGAUCAACUGGUGACACAUCUGGGAGGUAAUGGUCAAUCCAGAAAAUAAAAACUUCAGAUUUCAGCCCAGUUUAAAGGGCUGCUGAUGUACCUAUAUUUUAAGAAAAGGCUGGAAUUUGCAAUUUUGCCCCGGAGUUGAUGGGAUUAAGCAAUUUGAGAGAAUUCUUCCAGGAAGGAGCACAAUUAUUAAAAUUGAAAUUGAAAUUGGGACCAAGCGGCAUCAGGAGUGCUUUUACGCGUGUGGAGAAUUGGAUUUUGAGGAAGCAGUUUGAAGAGGGAGACUUGAGGGGAGGGUGGGAGGUUGGAAGCCAUGUCAAGAGCAAACAGUGUGAGCCCCCCUGGCGCUGGGUCAGCUCCUGCAGGCAGUAACGAGCACCGAGCAGCCUGGACAGAGGUGGGCACCUUGCAGUCCCGAGCCAAUGGGAUCUCGAUCCCCAGCGGAAGAGCCAGGGAUAAGCGAUGGAAGGGUGAAGAGGAGGAUGAGGAGGACGGCCAGCGACAACUACCCGGGAAAUCCAGCAGGCUCAGCAUCCGAUCCAAGUCUGCCUGGCAGGAGCAGCUAGACAGGGAAGGUGGGUCAGCAAGCCGAAAUAGCGUGCUCCGGGCCAGGCAUCAGUUCCGCCUGGACGGGGAGGUGCGACCGAAGUCAGUGGAGGUGGGACUAGAGGAGGGGGCCAUGUCGAAGUUGGCUGAUAUUGACUCCUCGGCCUCUGAUGUUGACAUCUCCUUUGCGGAUUGUUGUCACCGACUGUUUCGGAUCUUCCAGUCUAAGAAGUUCCAGUCCGAGAAGUUGGAGAGGCUGUACCAGCGUUAUUUCUUCCGUUUGAACCAGAGCAGCUUGACCAUGCUGAUGGGGGUUUUGGUGCUAGUCUGCGCCGUCCUGCUGGCUUUCCAUUGUGUCCAGGGGAGCUACGAGCUGCCGUACCUGGUGGUCUUGGCCGUGACCAUCGUCCUGGUGCUCACCCUGAUGGUGGUCUGCAAUCGUAACGGCUUCCACCAGGACCACAUGUGGAUCAUCUGCUACCUGCUCAUUCUGGUGAUCCUGACGGUGGAGAUCAUUGGGCUGCUGUUGGUUGAGCCUCGUUCUGCAUCGGAGGGGAUCUGGUGGACCAUCUUCUUCAUUUAUAUCAUCUACACCUUGCUGCCCGUCCGAAUGAGAGCAGCAGUUAUCAGUGGAAUUCUCUUGUCAGCCCUCCACCUUGGUAUAUCUUGGCAGAGGAACCUGGUGGACCCCUUCCUGUGGAAACAGCUGGUCUGCAAUGUGAUGAUCUUCUCCUGCACCAACAUUGUUGGGGUCUGCACCCACUACCCAGCAGAGGUGUCCCAGAGGCAGGCGUUUCAGGAGACGCGAGAGUGUAUCCAGGCAAGACUGCACUCUCAGAAUGAAAACCAGCAGCAGGAACGUCUUCUGUUGUCAGUACUUCCGAGGCAUGUUGCCAUGGAGAUGAAGGCCGAUAUUAAUGCAAAGCAAGAGGAUAUGAUGUUCCACAAGAUUUAUAUACAGAAGCAUGACAACGUCAGCAUCCUCUUUGCAGAUAUCGAAGGAUUCACCAGUUUAGCCUCGCAGUGCACAGCCCAGGAACUGGUCAUGACACUCAAUGAGCUCUUCGCCAGAUUUGACAAGCUUGCAUCGGAGAACCACUGUCUGCGAAUUAAGAUCCUGGGUGAUUGCUAUUACUGUGUGUCGGGGCUACCAGAAGCUCGAGCAGAUCAUGCGCACUGUUGUGUCGAAAUGGGGGUGGAUAUGAUUGAGGCUAUUUCGUUGGUCCGAGAGGUGACAGGUGUGAAUGUAAACAUGCGAGUCGGGAUUCACAGCGGACGAGUACACUGUGGAGUCCUUGGACUCCGCAAGUGGCAAUUUGACGUGUGGUCAAAUGAUGUCACCUUGGCUAACCACAUGGAAGCAGGAGGCAAGGCUGGGCGAAUCCACAUCACAAAAGCCACGUUGAACUAUCUGAACGGGGAUUAUGAAGUGGAGGCAGGUUUUGGAGGCGAGCGGAACGUUUAUUUGAAGGAUCAUAACAUUGAGACAUACCUCAUUGUGGGAUGUAGCCAAAAACGGAAGGACGAGAAAGCAAUGAUUGCAAAGCUUAACAGGACAAGGUCGAACUCAAUAUCCAACAUUGGUUCACCGUGGAAUGUGGAGCGUCAAUUCUACAAGCACAUCUCUAAGGAGAUGAAGACCAUGGGCAUUGUGGACUACAUGGGCAAGGACAACAGAAACACUCAAGAGAACAUGAACCCUGAGGAUGAAGUGGAUGAAUUCCUUGGGCGAGCCAUCGAUGCAAGAAGCAUUGAUCGCCUACGUUCUGAGCACGUGCGGAAAUUCCUACUGACGUUCAGAAAACCUGAGCUAGAGAAGAAGUACUCAAAGGAGGUGGAUGACCGAUUUGGAGCCUAUGUAGCCUGUUCCUGUCUUGUCUUCGUCUUCAUCUGCUGUAUUCAGAUAACCAUAGUGCCCCACUCUAUGUUAAUGCUCGGUUUUUACCUGUCCUGCCUUUUGGUCCUGGCCAGUGUACUGUUCGUUUCCACCAUCUACUGCUGUGUCAAGCUGUUUCCUCACCCUCUGCAACGUUUAUCAAGGAAGAUCGUCCAGUCGAAAUUGAACAGCACCAUAGUUGGGGUGUUUACCAUCUCCCUGGUAUUCCUGUCAGCAUUCGUUAAUAUGUUUGUGUGCAACACCCAGGAUUUGCACAGCUGUGUGGCUAAAGAGUACAACACAACUCCAAACAAUGUCAAUGCCUGUCAUGUCGCCAAUUCCUUUGCCAACCAUAGUCUAGACCUAGAGACAGGACUCUGCGGGGGACUUCAACCCAGCUGUAAUUUCCCUGAGUACUUCACCUACUGUGUGCUGCUGAGUUUACUGGCCUGUGCUGUAUUCCUCCAGAUCAGCAGCAUUGGAAAGCUCGUUCUCAUGCUGAUCAUUGAACUGGUUUACAUUGUAAUGAUGGAGCUGCCUGGCGUCACCCUUUUUGAUAAUGCAGACCUAUUGGUUACUGCCAACAGUCUUAGCCCCAUCAACGGAACAUGGACAUGCCCCCUGAAGUUCUCGAAGGUCGCCUUGAAGAUCAUGACUCCUAUUGUAAUCACGGUGUUUGUUCUGGCACUCUAUCUACAUGCUCAGCAGGUCGAAUCAACUGCCAGGUUGGAUUUCCUCUGGAAACUGCAGGCGACUGAAGAGAAAGAAGAAAUGGAGGAACUUCAGGCCUACAACAGACGCCUACUGCACAACAUCCUGCCAAAAGACGUUGCGGCACAUUUCCUUGCACGUGAGAGGCGUAAUGAUGAGCUGUAUUACCAGUCCUGUGAAUGUGUUGCUGUUAUGUUCGCCUCCAUCAGCAACUUCUCUGAGUUUUACGUUGAGUUGGAGGCAAACAACGAAGGAGUCGAGUGCCUGCGACUUUUAAAUGAGAUCAUUGCUGACUUUGAUGAGAUCAUCAGCGAAGAACAAUUCCAACAGCUGGAGAAGAUUAAAACUAUAGGUAGUACAUAUAUGGCAGCAUCGGGUCUGAAUGAUUCCACUUACGACAAAGUUGGGAAGACACACAUCAAGGCACUGGCAGACUAUGCCAUGAGGCUGAUGGACCAGAUGAAGUACAUCAAUGAGCACUCGUUCAAUAACUUCCAGAUGAAAAUAGGACUCAACAUUGGCCCUGUUGUAGCAGGAGUGAUUGGAGCCCGCAAGCCUCAGUAUGACAUCUGGGGAAACACAGUCAAUGUGGCAAGUAGAAUGGACAGUACAGGAGUCCCUGACAGAAUUCAGGUGACUACAGAUAUGUACCAGGUCCUGUCAGCUGAAAACUACCACUUGGAGUACCGGGGACUGGUUAAAGUCAAGGGCAAAGGAGAAAUGUGUACGUAUUUCCUGAACGAGGGACCUGACAUCAGUUAGCAACGACAGGCACAGCAAAAAAAAACUACACUUGUCAAAACUCUUGGAAAUCCUGUGCCCUACAUGUGAUUGCGAGGAAUGGACUGAGGAUGUACAAUGUUAGAAUCACAGCUGGGUGAUGUUCUUGACUUCAACAGGAUAAACAAAAGACAGAGACCUUUCCAAAAGAACACACCCCUCCCCUCUUCCCCAGCAAAAAAAUACUUAGAAGAAAAUGGGAACAUACAAACUAGAGGAGGUCAUUCAGCAUUUUGAGCCUGCUCUGCAUUUGUGAGAUUGUGGCUGAACUCCAUCCACCCAUAAUGUUAUAAAAGUCAAAGGCAUAAAGACCAUGACGAAGACUCUGGCCAGCAAUCUGAUUUGAUAAUUGUUCCCCUCCUAUCACUUCUAAUGUCACACAACCAAAGAAUAUAUUAAAUAAUAGUGUUCUGGAGAUUUUAGUGUGUUAAUGACAACCACAAGUACACAUACAUAUACACACAUAUCAUUUACAUAUAUACACAAACACUUGCAUGGUACAUACAUGCAUGCAUACACAGUUACAUAAACGCGUACUUACACAAAAGCAUUCACAUAAACACUCAAACAUGCAGUCUUACAUAUGCAACACACAUACACACUAAUAAAAACACAGAUGCAUUCACAUGCACGCAUACACACCUUACACAUGAACUCUAAUGCAAGCAUAUAUACAUAUGCAACAUUUAAAUACACGCAUACUGGUCACUUACAUAAAUGCAUCUUACAAAUUACACAUGCAAAUAUACAUAAGCAAACAUAUACAUGUAAAUACGUUAACACACAUACAUAUACAUAUAAAUACACAAAGAUAAACAAAGACACUAACAGAUAUAGAUACAUUUUUACAUAAACACAUAAUAUGCACACCAGCAAACAUAUGCUCACACAAACACUUAACUAUAAUCAACUUUCAGGCAUACAUGCAUGUAAACAUUUAUAUAUAUAUAUAUAAAACACACACACACACACAAACACACACAAAGACUUUCACACAAAAGCAAAGCCCCUAUGGGAUGAAACACAGGCUCAACAGAAUAUCAGAUUGGUGCCAGUAGCAAGUUACGGACAUCCCAGCUACAUUUUAACAUGUUGGGAAUAUGCAGGGAACUGCCAUCAGUGCCAAUGUGACACAGAAGAUACCCAGUGUGAAUGGGUUAAAUUCAGGCCAGGUAUCGUUUCCACCAAUGGUACACCUGGUGGAAACGAGGAUCACUUGCUGACGAUUACUCUCACAGUGUUUUCUUGUUCUUAAUGGAUUCAACAGACUUCUUGGGGCACUGUCGUGAGUCCGACUGUGGGUCUACAGCCAUGAGAACCUUUGGAUAUUCUUCUGACUGCGCCUUCCACAUCACAGGCUGCAGGGGGCCAAAAAUAAUUUUGAAUUUACCACUUGUUAUUUUAGUUUGUAAUAUUAAACUUCAGACUUAGCAGAGCACUAGAAUUCUAUAUUUUGUAAUGAUAAUAGCAGACGCUAUGUACACCAGUGUAUAUUAUUCUGAUGUAUUCAAUGCUAUUACAAGGAUUAAGUGCAGCGCUCUCUCUGUGUAAUUCUCUCUCUCCCGUCACACAUUAUCCUUGAUUGUAAUAUGGCUUUUUUGCAUGUGGGUUAAAAGACUUACUGAUCUCUGACCAACCCUCACGUAUCCACCACUUCUGAACACUAACACUUUACUCCCCAUCUUCCUGGUUUUCCUCCCUUCAUGUUAAAACACCUGAUUCCAUGGGCACGUUUCCACUGUUUGAGUAGCCCACAAUUAAUAUUUUGUGAACGGAGAGGGUCAUUUAUGGGUCUCUGACUGCUGGAAUGUAAUUGGUAAGAUUAAAUUUUGUGAUUUAUAAGAGGGAAAUGCACUUUUUUUAAAAUCCACAUCUUGCAGACAUUAUGGUAAUUUCCCAUGGAAAUGGAAAUGUGUUCAAUAAUUUAUUACAAACUGUAUUAAACAAGAUAUUGCUUCACUGGAAA